AUGCCCGGCAGCCCCGUUAUCGCCGGACUCCCGGUAGCCUCGGUAGUCCCGUUAUCCCCGGCAUUCCCGUUAUCCCGGACCCCCGUUAGCCCCGAUGUCCUCCGCAGUCCCGAUAUCCCUGGCACUCCCGUUAUCCCCGUUAUCCCUCUCCGGGCGGUCCCGCUGUCGCCGUCCCCGCCCUGGCCCCGACGGGCGGCUCCUCCCGCCGCCCCGACCCGGCCCCGGGACCCCUCGGGACCCCUCCGGACCCCGGCCCUGGGACCCCCGGCCCUCCCGGAGCCUCCGAGCCCCGGCCCCGCACUCACCCCGGGGCAUGGCGCGGCGGCGGCAGGGCCGGGGCAGCGGCGGGAGGAGGAGGGCGAGGACGAGCAGGACGAGGAUGAAGAGGAGGAGGAGGAGGAAGUCUGCGGCCGCCUCCUCCCGCCGCCCCGGGCGGUCCCGCGGAGAAACUUCCCGCCGCGCCCGCCCCCGCCCGCCGCUUCCUUCCUCAGGGUCCCGGGAGCGCAGCCCCGCACCCGCCCCCCGCGGGGCUGCCCGGGCUGCGGGGACCGGGACGGGGCUGCGGGGACCGGGACGGGGCUGCGGGCAGAGGCUGCCGAGGGUUCCGGGCAGGACCCCCGUGCGGGACCCCCGCACCCCACGGGACCACCCCGAGCAGGGACCUGCAGCCCCCGGGGCCGGGCUGGGAGCAGAGACCCUCGCCCGCCUGCCUGGCCCCCACCCCUGGCACCCACCCAUGACCCCACUUACGACACACCCCACCGGGGGCUCCCUGGGGACCUAGGGGGGUGA